AUGUUACCUGGCUCGUUGAAGUGUUGCGGCUGCGGUGGGGGUACUUUUUGUGUCGACGAAGUAUCGGGACAGUAUGUUUGCGCAUCUUGUUGGCAAGUCUCGGACUUUUUCGAGGGAGUUGAUCAGAGUCAUGAAUGUUCUGGUAGUCGAUAUGGUCUUCGGGUCGUCAGCACCGGGGAUAGUUUUUCACAAAGGAGUGCUCCUUACGGUUCUGCCCUCUCGGAAGGGGAGAUCCAAAAUGCUUCUUGUGCGUUUGACCUCCCUAUAUCGGCAUCGUCCACCAAGCAAAGCGGACGCAAGGCACAUGGAGGUAGCAGUGCUGACCAUGCAGCGACGGUGCUAUCUUCAAUAAUAGUUAAUGAGAGGCAUUUUAAUCGUAAAGGUCUGCGGAGUUGGCGUAUGAGUGAAGCAUUUACUGUAAGAAGGAAUUUGGUUUCCAUUUGUGACUGCUGGCAUAGUGAAUGUCAUUAUUACUCCUCCUUAAACCCAAGACUAGUUCAGCAAAAGUUUUUCCAUCAUGGACUUUUAUUGCGAAAUCAACUAAGGGCUCUUAUUUGUGCCCAUCUGACCCCUGAACCAGCUUCUUUUCCUGGCUUUGUUGAUCGAUUCACUUCAAUUGCAAACACUCUCUGGACCAACUACCUGGGUGCUACAGGUGAGUUGGGUGGAGAUCUUUGGGCCUUGUCGUUUCGUCGAAUGCUAGCAGCCUUGGAAUUGACUUUGGAGUCUAGAAGAGCCUACAUACAUCACUGCAAUCCCGAGAGGAGGAGUGGAGCCAGCCAAGUGCUUCCUCGCGUUGGUAGGACAGGUGGGAAGGGUAGCCUGCACUUGACCCACAUCCUGGAGUCCAAUCUGGGAUUUGGAUUCUGUUGGAUUGGUUGGGGCUCUCUGUACUGCCCAGACGAAUCGGAAAACGCUAACAACCCUCUAUUCCUUUUCGAAAUGAACAUGGAUCAGGAAACUUCGUUUUCGGUGAAAUGCUCAAGUGAAGACGAUGAAGAUUUGGACUCUGUGUACGAGGCACCGCCCCAAAAGCGUCCAAGGCGACUAAUUUUGCUGCCGCAGGCGCAACAAGUUCCGGAGGAUCAAGAUGGCUUGCUUAACGAUUUAGCAAACCUCUCAAAGAUGUGGAAGAAGAUUCUCACUGAAAACUUGAUAAAAAAGCAUCCCAGAAGCGAAAUAUUUUGGCACGGGCAUUUGGGUAAAAACAGGUCGAAUUGGUUACUUGAAUACAACCUGGGUAUACUAUUCCUUGCGGCCUUUCUCACUUUGACUGUUAUAAACUCAAGGAAGAUACCAAUCUGUCGGCAUGACUUCUUAACUCUGCAUGACCUAUCAUGUCUCUGUCAAGACAGGGAUAAAUUUCCCUACUUGCUGGCAGAUCGGUGGGUGUCAAACCAUUUUGCUUCAUUCAAUCCCAAUAUCCAGAAAUCUCUUAAAAGACCUUUGAUGCCUGAUCCUCUCGUUCUUGCUGGUGUCACUGUUCACCUCAUAAAUAUGCUUGGCAUCACGGAACGGCCGAGACUUCCAUUGUGCUCACUUGUGCAUCGGUUGCUGCGAAAAAUGACGUUUCCUCCUGAGGCUCACCAAAUAGCCAAUUCUUUGGUUAAAAGGUUGGCUCGGUGUGUGGAAAAUAAUGCUGCCGAGAGGAAGGCUGGAAUGCACUACUUUCUUCCUCUUCAGCGCUACCUUCGUGGAGAAGUUUUUGCCAUGGCCAUAGUCACCAUAACUGGACGUCUGCUCUUUAAGUUGGAUGGCGACUUUGAGCAUAGAUGGAGUAAAGUAGCGCGUUUUCUCGCCAAACAUCCUCAAGAAACUGCGCUUCUUGAGGAGGUGCUUAGUGAGGGUGCGCAAACGGGACCAAAGUGUCGUACUGUGCCCUUUGAUUGGUCUAGCUGGGUAUGCAGGCUUCCCAAUGGUCCCCCAAGUCUUCGCAGGCUGCGUUCUCGCUUCUCCAACGGCGAUGCGCCCCUCAACGCAGCGCUAACCCAUUCCCAUUUAGUACGGACGGCAAGGAAUACUAAGGAGUUUUUGGGUACGGCGUCCUCCUUCGAUCCUCAAGUUGAUGAAGGGUGGGGUGAAAAGCACGGCAGUGCUAGAUGUCACGGUUCGGCAAGUUGUUCAAACUUUUUUGCAUUUAAGAAAGUAACGAAGCUAAACCUGACGAAGUCACUCAUGCAGUUGAUUGGCCACUCCUUUACAACGAAUGAUAGUAUUGAAAUGCCUCGGAGAGACACGGAACUCCAAUCACUACCCUGUAAAUCAUGCGCCCACAGCAAAAAACAUGCGAUUUUCUGGAGAGCUAGCGAUCAGGUGGAAGAUGCCAAGUGGGCCGACCAGAACUGUGAUGCUCUUGUACGAGCUUACCGGUUUAUUCAACAGAAGAAGAUACCAGCCUCGGAACUGUUGAACAAGGUACAUCCGCCUACGUCAAAAUUCGACGACAUUCGCAUGGAGUGGCUGCGCGUUCUGGAGAGCUUCGAUUCAUAUGAUCCUAUUAGCGGAAUCGACUUUACCGUGGACUUAGACAAGACCUCAUCUCCAACUGCCCCACCGCCGACGGUAAUGAAAUUCGCCAGAGACUAUAAGGAACAGGUACUGGACUUUCUUUCGGGAAAGAAUGUCAUCUCCAGCGCUGCUACUAACGAUUCGACCGCUCAUACAGAGGCUAGCAGUUUGGCCAAUGCGUCCCUGCAUUGGUUUCUCAAAACGGCUAGUUCAAUGUGUGGAGCGAAAUUGCCCCAGCUUCUAAGGGAGAUCGAGUGUAUUGAACACCUUCUCGGAUGGUGGCCUGGCGAAGCACUGAAAAGCCAGACAAAGCUACGGAACCUAGCCCUUGCCUUUCACUUUGACUAUACUGUAUGCGAAUGA